AUGCGACCAAAGGAGAAUCCGACACAAUCCAUACCCGUACCAACACACACACCCGUACUCAAUAAAACAGAGGUUGAAACACCCAAGUUCUGUGAUGAGAUCAAGUUUGCAGGACAAAACGACACAAUCUUUCGAUCCACCAUUCCCUGCGUAAAACGAAAUCACCAGAUACCAGAAGAGCGAGAGCAAGAGCUAAACAUGGAGGGGGUUAUCAGACCAAGCAAAGAUUCAUGGUACAGAGCGCCACCUGCAUUUGAUGCUGCGCCGCCGGGAGAAGUCCUCAAGAUUCGUCGGGCACCUGGUAAUCUCAAAUCGGUCUUGAAGAACCUCGAUUAUGCCGACCAAAUAUUAUACACCAGCAGCACCUCGUACUUGCAACCUACCUACGCGCUCACUACUAUGCUUGUCCCCAAGGAGUGGGACAGAAAGUACUCGCGCGUCGUGUCUUGGCAGGUGCCGUAUGAAAGUGCCAAUGUUGAUUCCAGUCCGAGCUACUCGCUCUCCAGAGCCUCGGGCGAGAUACACUACGACGUCUUGGAUCAGCUGCUGGCCAGCGGCUACCAUGUCAAUAUCCCCGACUACCAGGGCCCCAAUUCGCAUUUCGGAGCUGGAAAAGCGGCAGGGUUCAAGGUGAUUGACUCUUUGCGUGCCCUCAGAACCAUUGCCUAUGGUCGUUACAACUUGGACCCCUGGUGGAUCCGUCAUAUUGCCUGGGGCUAUGGAGGAGGAGCUCUUGCGACAGCAUGGGCGUAUUUGCAGAUUAAGAAAUAUGUCGGUUUCGGUCACCAGAAAUACGUUGACGUGAUUGAUAACAAAGUGUAUGCUUGGGUCAUUGGUGGUGUGCCAAUCGACAUGCUGCACAUACUCGAAAAUGUCAACAACAAGGUGCCCGCAGGCUUUGCCAUCAACGCCAUCUCUGGCAUGCUGCAGGAGUUCCAUCUCAUGAGGGACGCAGUGGAAAAGUUUGGCAAGAAGGAGGGUGCACAUAACGUUACUGUUUUUGAAAGAGUCCGGACGCUGAGCCUGGAGCAGUCGAUGAAUGAGUUUACAUAUGCCAACAUUAGCGACUACUUUGAAGGGGGCAUCGAAUCGGUGACGUCGUGGCUGCGAAAAAAGAACUUUCACAAGGAGAUUCUCAUGGAAAGACCAAACAUGUUGAAGACGCCAGAAUGGACCACGGGUAUUUUCGUCUACCACGGGGUCCACGACAGCAUCUUUCCCGUGGAGCACGUGGAUAAGCUGUUGCACGAGCACUGGUGCAACGCGCGCGCCUUUAUCGAGUACAUGAGAAAUCACGAAGGCGACCACGAGGAAAAUUAUACCAACAUGGAUGUCAUUGCACUGGAAUGGAUAGCAAGACGUUUCAUGUCAGAAUUUCUUAGUGAUGCCGGCAAGGGUCUGAUUGAAAGAUUUCCGAAUCUGUCCAGAGAAGAAUGUUUGGUUCGCAGUGGAUCUCUCAACGCCCCAAUAUGGGAUUUUGAGGCAUAUAAGAAGCGGUUUAAAGCAGAACAGGAGGCCAAGAAAAAGGAUGAAUUCACCCUGGAAGCAUUGUCCGUCAAAAACAUUACCAACACAGUAUGCCAGGUACCGGCCCGCGACCGAAGCAACAAGUACAUUAUCGUGUCGAAUGUCCUGGGCGUAAUCUCGGCACUGUUUGUUAUACAAAGAUUUGUAUUCAAGUUUUGGGCUGGUCUAGACUUUGGCUGGGAUGACUGGUUCUGCCUAAUGACCAUCCUCAGCGGCGUCCCGGCCACGGUCCUCAAUGCGCACUACCUGCCGCAAAACGGCAUGGGUCGCGAUGUGUGGACGCUCACGCCGAGCCAAAUCACCAAAUUCGGUCUGGGCUUCUACGUGAUUGAGGUGCUCUACUUUCAGCAAGUCGCCACGUUGAAGCUGUCGCUACUCUUCUUUUACAUUCGCAUCUUCCCCAGUCGGCCGGUUCGGCGGUUACUCUGGGGCACAGUGGCCUUUGUGUCGCUAUGGGGCAUCAUCUACGUCUUUAUUGGCAUCUUCCAAUGUACGCCAAUCAACCACUUUUGGACCAAAUGGGAUGGCGCCCAUCCUGGACACUGCGUAGACAUCAAUGCUCUUGGUUGGUCCAAUGCAGGCAUGAGUAUCUCGACCGACGUAUGGAUGCUUGCUAUACCCAUGUGGCAGCUCAAAACUCUGCAACUUGAUUGGAGGCGAAAGAUUGGUGUCGGGAUGAUGUUUGGCGUGGGCACCUUUGUGACUGUGGUGAGCAUGCUCCGCCUCAAAUCGCUCGUUGCCUUUGGCGCCGACUCCCAGAACCCGACGUGGGAGUUUUUCGACGUGGCCAUGUGGUCGGACAUUGAAAUCAAUGUCGGCUUAAUGUGCACGUGCAUGCCGUCUCUGCGGCUGCUGCUCGUCCGCCUAUUCCCCAAGGUCCUCGGCACCACGCAGCGCUACUACGCCAAAUACUCUCACUCUGCCAACAACAACAAGUCAGCCCUUGACCGAGAGCCGCCGCGGGGGUUCGGAACCGUGUCCACGUCGACGAGGGCGGAGCGUGAUACAUUCCGAGGGAACCUUCAGCUGAACCAAAUCUCCUACCACAAGACGUACGCGGUGAAUUAUGGCGAGGCGGACGAUGUCGAGCUAUUUUCCGGUGCUGGCGAAAUGGAAACGACAAGUGCAAAGUCGCUAACGUCAGUCUCUGCGCGAGAGAGCUCGGAGAAGGCGCAGCAGGGCAGACUGUAG